AUGACAUCCAUCCUCCUCCUCCGCACCCGACCCGCCUUCACCAAGGCCGCCCCACUCCUCUCCCUCCGCCCCCUCUCCUCCGUCGCCUCCCCUUCGCCCUCCGCCGCGGACAUCAUCGCCAACUGGAAGACCACCAUCCUCAAGAAGCCCGUCCUCAUCGAACGCGAUACCAUCCGGCCCCAGAGCCUCCAACAACUCGCCAUGACCCUCGACAAGACCACCCCUACUACCUCUGCCACUGCUCUCACUAAAAAGGGUGCACCCUUGCCCGUCAACUGGCACCAUGCUUUCUUCCCUCCCAUGAUCGGAGAACAGGAUCUGGGUCAGGACGGAUACGAAAUGACCCAUGCACCCCCAGCACCCUUCCUGGCACGCAUGUGGGCCGGCGGUGGAGUCGAACAGAACCCGUCGAACCUGCUGCGGGUGGGCCAGGAGAUGCUGAUGAAGACCAAGUGCACGGGUGUGGAUAUCAAGCAGAGUCGCUCCGGUGAUACGAUGGUCUUUGUCAGUCUUGAGAAAUUAAUCGAGAACGAGCAGGGCUGGGCAUUGACGGAUACGAGGACCUUGGUCUACAUGGAGAAGGAUGAGAAGCGACCCCAUGCGCCCAAGCCCAAGGUCGUGAAACCUCGACGACAGGCGGAUUUCUCGAUGGCGGUCCACCCAACGGCCAUCACCCUCUUCCGUUAUUCGGCCAUGACUUUCAACAGCCAUCGCAUCCACUUUGACCACGAAUACGCGAACAAGGUCGAAGACCACCCAGGUUGCUUGGUCCAUGGGCCCCUGACGGCGACUUUCAUGCUCGAGAAUCUGCGUCAGAAACUGAAUCCCGGAUUGAUCAUCAAGAACUUCCAGUAUCGUGCCCUGAGUCCUCUCUAUGUCGAUCAGCCCUUUAAAAUCUGUGCAAAGAACACAGCCGUGGUCCCAACCAUGGACAAGGACGUAUUCGAGAGUUACGAGGUCUGGGUCGAGAACCCUGAGGGCGGAUUGGCCAUGUCUGGCACCGUUGAAGUUGUCCGGGAGGCCAAGGCAUAG